CAAACAUGUCUGCGUCAAAUUCCCGGCCGAGAGUGUUCUUUGCAAAUUUAGAUUUUGGGAAAAAAUCCGAAAUCGAAGCUCAGAGUCCAGUAUACUUUUAGUAAUUUUAAGUAAAUUAAUAAUAUAUCACAAUGCUUAUCAAAGUCAAGACCCUCACUGGAAAAGAAAUCGAAAUAGAUAUAGAACCUACAGAUAAAGUUGAACGAAUAAAAGAAAGAGUUGAAGAAAAAGAAGGCAUUCCUCCACAACAACAGAGGCUUAUAUUCUCAGGAAAGCAAAUGAAUGAUGAAAAGACAGCACAAGAUUACAAAGUACAAGGUGGAUCAGUUCUGCAUUUAGUCCUGGCACUUCGUGGUGGCAAACCUGUAUAAUUGUAAUGUAGCUCCAUAAAAACUAGGAUACUUUAAAUCAUACUUUACUGUGUAUUCUUUAAGUCAAAAUAUUGCAAUCUGAAUAAUAAAUUUUUUUAUUUU